AUGUCGCCGGUGCUCGACUCCGACGGAGAUGCAGUCACGCCAGAAAACGAGUACUACAUCUCCAACGCCGGAGCAGGUUUUCACGGUGGAAUCGGACUCCCAAAGUGGUCUCGUUUGAGAUGCCCUUCCAGCGUCAUUCAAAUGCGGUCCGAGACUCAACUUGGCCUCCCGGUGAAUGUCGAGCCUGUUUACAGAUACUCCACCUCCCCCCAAAUCUAUGUGAAUCAGACCACAGUCCAAAUAAGUUUCUCAGAACCGGUCACUGGCUGCCUGGGCGGGGAGGGCUAUUGGAGAGUCGAGUAUGAUGAAGAGGCCGAGAAAACCCUUGUUGUGGCCGGCAUAUUGAUCGGUGUUCAAUUAUCGAGUCAAUUCAGGAUUGUGCAAGCCGGGCAAGCGAAUAAUGUCUACACUUUUGUGUCGUGCUCGCGCCUUAAAUGUCGCGAUGAAAUUGGGCUUUACGCGAUGGAUCAUCAGCAACAUCUGUCGGUUAACGAUCAACCCAACGAAUUGCCCUACACGUUCAAGUUCAUUAAGAAGAAAGCAGAAAAUGGUAUUCAGCUGCCUAAGUGA